UUUUCUUUUUUGCUAAGAAUGUAAAUAUUCAUAAAAAAUGAAAAUGUUUAGGUUUACAAUCAUGGAUUUUAAACCUAUAGACUUGAUCCCAUCGCAAAAAAUAAAUCCUUGUCUAUUUUUGUAAAAAAAUUUAUUUAGUAAUGUUUUAAAUAUAAGAAAUGUUAGAGUGACUUCUAAUAUUGAGGACAACUGAAUAGUAAAUAGACUCCCCUAUAGAAUAAAGAUGAUGCACAACAUAGCGGAAAACAUGCAAGAUAGUUCAAAUAAUAACAAAAUAUACUCCCCCAUUCCUUAUAGAUUGAUAUUUUAGAUGGUCAAAUAGUAUGAACAUUGAUUAUUUUUAGUAUGUGUGAAAAUUUCUAAAAAAAUAACUUGUAAGGAACACUGAGAGUGAGUAUAUAUUAUCACUAUUCGGACCGCCUUGCACCCUACAUACCCGUCUCGCAUCUUCUCCAUUCAAAAUCAUAAAAUAUACGUACACAUUAAAAUAGGAAAAGUAUUUACAAACAUAGUUUAAUUGUUAAGCAUAAUUUAUUUAUUUCUAAUUUAUCAUUGAAACAACUAAAACUAGGUUUUUAAUAACUUGUAUGAUUCUUUACGUUGAACUGACCAAUAAUCAAACACAGUUACGUUGUACAAAAAUAUGUACUCGACGGUCACCAAAUGCUAAUCGAGAUCUCGAUAGAUGUGACAUGUUACAUAAGCUAACUAGAAAUGCCAGAGCUACAAGUCAUGUCCCAUUCGCCAAAAAUACUUGUAUGUAGUCACUUGCCCACGAUCCAAUACCUAGGAGUAGGACAACUCUAUCCGACUAUCCAACGUACAAUUCGAUCAAGUAUUUACUAUAAAUAUCCCUUUAAUACAUCUAGAAAAGAGAUCAGCAAGAUAAUUUUCUUAUAUUACAUUUGUGUCUAUCUCCCACACACAUGCACCUACAAUGUCUAACUAGAUUCAAACCUUACAUUUGAGAUUCACUCUCCUUGUUUCGUUCAUCCAUGUCCAUAAUUUGUGGCAUGUCCAUAAUGUGUGGCAUGACCUAUGUUCAUAUGUGCUUUUCAAAAAUAUGCAAUCUCCUAACAUCUUAAACUCUAUUUUAAGUUUACGCAAACCAAAAAAAUCUUCAAAAAACAACUCUCAUUUAUCUUUCUAAAAACUUUCAUGAUUAUUUUUUGUUGUCUUAGGACCUCACUUUGCCUCCCCAUCAAUAAGGAUGCUUCCCUAACAAGUGAGUGAUUUCCGUAUGUUUUUUUCUUUCUAAUAACAUACUAUUUAAAGACAUGAUAUUAGAGUUAACAGAUUAUAAAGUUCUGUUCGCUUCUUAAUAGUCGAACGCUCUCUUUAACUUGAUCAAUUCAGAUCCAACACAUACGACUCAUCCGUUCGACGAAUCUAAUUUAUCAUGACCAACAAAUAAAUAUUAGUCAAUAUAAACCUAAAUUCCAUUCAUAUCCAACACAUACGACUCAUCGUUCGACGAAUCUAACUUAUUUUUACCAACAAAUAAGUAUUAGUCAAUAUAAAUUGAAAAUUAUUUACUUAUACAGAAUUUUUUUUCACUUUUAAAUAAUUCCAUACCUUAUAUAACUUAUUUGUAUGUAUUUCUAUCUUUAAUUUUCCCUCCCAAAACUUCAAAUAAUUUGUAUAUAUAAGGUGAGAUAUGUUUUGCUGUAGAUAACAAAAGUUGGUGAGUAACAAAAACAAACAAGAGUUUCAACUCCUCCUCCUCCUCGUUUUCCGGUGAUUAUCUCUCUUCUCCGGUGCAUCUACUCUUUCCCUCAACUUAGUUUCCACAGCGAUCCAUAAUUCCAUGUUGGCGAAUAUAGCUUCCACAACCGUAGCAUGAGUUCCUUUCAUUUUUUCGUUCGCUAUUUACAUUUCAUCAUAUAUAAUAGUAUAUCCAAUUUUAAUUAUCCUCUUAGAUCUUGAUUUCUAAAUCGAAGAUGGAAUAAUAUAGUUAUAAUUUAUCUUGUAGAUUCAACGUCCUUGUUGUUAUAAUGGAUCCAGGCAAGUCCACAACAGAAGCUAUGGUCCCUGCUAAGCGAUCAAAGGCUAGAAGCCACUACUUAACUCUUCCUAAACGCCAGUUCUAUAAUACGCGAACCGGCCAGCCACUGUCACUUGAGGAAGUUAUGUCUGACCGAGAUAACGAAAAUGAUGUCGACGAUGUUGCUGAACAUCUCGCAGAAAGCCAGAUGCCUAAUGAUUCCAUGGAUGAGAAUGAAAUCGUAGCAGAGAGAUUCAUACACCUUUGGAACUCCUUUGUUAAAAAGCAAAGGAUUGUUGCAGAUUAUCAUAUUCCUUGGGCAUGUGAAGCAUUCUCAAGAUUACACCUGCAAGAGUUGCGCAGUAACUUAUCACUCGACUUGUGCUGGAGACAAUUCAUGAUCAAACAAUGGGAUUAUGGACUUCUUGACGCAGUCACCAUGAACAAAUGCAAUACCAUCAUCUACCGUAAUAUCACAAACACCAACGAUGACAUAAACAACAACAACAACAACACGAGGAGUGAUGAUAUGGAUGUUGUGGACGGUGACAAAAACAAAGAGGGGAACAAAGAAACUACUGAGACUGGCAUGUGUAGAAAUGGGGAAAAAGAUGGAAUGGAUGUGGGAGAAGAACAAGGUAAUAACCGGUUGACAUUAUGCGAGCAAAUGGAGUCAGCUACUGUCACGGAAUCUUCGCAAGAUGAGAACGCAAUCACAUUUAUUAAUGAGAGAAGCUUUGGGAAAAGGCCGAUCAUACCAACUCAAAAGAUGAUAGAGUGGCAAUGGACUAGUUUUGGUGGUCGCAGAAGCGGUGGUCGUAGAGGUCGUGGUCGCCAAGGCCGAGGUGGUCGUGGUCGUGGUCGUGAAAGCGGAAGCGGAAGCGGUAGUGGAAAUUAAACCUCAAUUAGUAAUCUCUAGUGGGCUAGUUCUACAUUCUCUUUUCCCUUUUUCUUUUUCAGUUCCUGUUGUUUUUUUCACAUCUAGAUUAAGUGUAUGCUUAAUCACUUUUCUUUCUAAAAUACUGUUUCAAAAUGUAGCAUGACCCAAAAAGUCAUAGCCAUGUAACAGUUACUUAUCAUUUUAAUUUGAAUAAUCUUUUAAUUAUGAAUUUUUGCCCUCCUUGUAAAUAUGAAGCUACUUAGCUUCUCCACUUUUCACAUUUUCAAUGAUUAGAUAUCUAAAUCCGCUAAUAAAAAGAAGAAAUAAAAUGUGAAAAAUCCUAUAA